AUGCCCUUGGUUAUAUUAUAUAUGUAUACACUCUCAAAAACCCUAUAAUUCUCUUCUCAUUGUUUCUUGCAUUCUUUUCUCUUGUUCUGUUCUUGUCCUACGCAAAGUAGUUUUCACCGAUGAACAACGAGCACGAAAUGGCCACCGACCAAGAAAUUAUUAACAGAAAGAGAAAAUCUUCAGAAGAAGACGAUCAUAACCAUGAUCUGCAGCUAACUCUUUCUUCAUCUUUUACUCCCACUACUCCAAUUCCACCACCACCACCACCCCAUUUCCUCCGUUCUACACCCAUGUUCAAUGCAACUCCACCGCCAGCACGGCGCAACCGUCCCAUACUUUAUUGGCGUCCGGGAAAGAGCGAAACCGUCCCGCCACCAUUCCCGUGGGCCAGCCCUCGCCGAGCCACCGUUCAGAGUCUUGCUCAUCUUGAAUCCCAACAAAUCUUUACCAUCACAGGAGAAGUACAAUGCAACAAAUGCGAAAAAAGCUACGAAAUUCAAUAUGAUCUUAGAGAGAAAUUCAACGAAGUGGGUGGCUUUAUAGUCAAAAACAAAGCCGCCAUGCGUGAUCGAGCUCCAAAUGAAUGGUUGAACCCUGUUCUUCCAAUCUGCAAAUUCUGUCAAAAACAGGGCAGUAAUGUCAAACCAGUGAUUGUGGAGAAGAAGAGAGAGAUCAAUUGGCUGUUCUUGCUUCUGGGUCAGAUGAUUGGGUGUUGUAAUCUCACACAGUUGAAGUAUUUCUGCAAACACACCAACAAUCAUCGAUCAGGUGCCAAAGAUCGAGUUCUUUAUCUCACUUAUCUUGGACUCUGCAAACAGCUUCAACCCAACGGCCCUUUUGAUCCUUAUUGAUCCAAGAUUCAUCAUAUGUUGUUAAGGAAUUCAUAAUGGUUGGUUUCAAUUUUCAAGUUUAUGGGUAUAUAUAGAUCUGAAUUGGAAGGCAAUUGAAAAUUGUAAAGUAGCACAAUUGUGUUUUGUGUGUGCGCGCGCGCGUGU